CUUUUAUAAGUUGCAUAUAUCACUUUUAUAAUCAGAAGAAUAAAGAAAUACAAAGUAUUUAGUUGGAUGUAUUGACACUGAAUAUUCUCUUAUUCUAGAUUCCAGGAGAGGAAAAAACAAAGUUAAUGAUAAAGGAUGUCCAGUAUUGGAUUUGAUUCCAGUUAGUUCUACUGAGAUCACAUCUCCCAAUUAUCCUAACAUUUAUCCCAACAUGCUGAACUGCACUUGGACUUUUUAUUCCAAGUCAGGAAAUAAAAUGAAGGCAGUGAUGAAAGACUUUACAACAGAAGCAUCUUGGAACUGUGAAUGGGAUUAUUUCAGUAUUUAUGAUGGACCAGAUCAGCAAUCGAGAUUACUUGCUCAUUUAUGUGGUUCCAAGAAAGAAUUUGUCUUGAUAUCCAGUGGUGCUUACCUGACCAUGAAUUUUAAGACUGAUAAGUCUGUGGGAGAAAGAGGUUUUAAACUUAUUUUGGAAGAUACAGUUCAGAAGCAUUCACAAAAAAGUAAUAUGGGAACCCAACUGCCUAUCAAUGAGAUAACCGUAGAAAGCAAUACUGGAAAACAGCCAACCCAAGACACAUGUGGAAUUCCAGUUGUUGACCCAUUUCUAAUGCAAGGAUCUGAGAGAAACACACAGGUGUUGCCAGCUGAGCGUGGGGAGCCCCGGAUGGUGGGUGGCCAUGUGGCACCUGCCAAGUCGUGGCCCUGGCUCGUCAGCCUGCAGCACCAAGGCCAACAUUUCUGUGGAGGUGCUCUGAUUGCAAAGCAGUGGGUCCUGACAGCGGCGCACUGUAACUUUAGUACUAUCACAGAUGGCCUGGUAAUAGGAAGAAGUUCCCUCUCAAACAUGGGAAAUAGUGAUUUGAUACCAGUGAAAGCUGUAUACACUCACCCUGACUUUGCACAGUUCCCUCCUACUGAUGAUCUAUCCUUGCUGCAGCUGGAGAAACCUGUCCAACUAGGGGAGUUUGUAUCUGUAAUCUGUUUGCCAGGGAAAGAUGAUAAAAUAAACUUAUUUUCCAAAUGUCUGACUGCUGGAUGGGGAAUAACUGAACCACAUCAAGAUGAAUUUUCUAAAACCGUGCAGGAGGCAAUGGUACCACUGAUCAGCAGUACAUCUUGUCGAAGCUACUGGGGACUGGAUAUUAAAAACACCAACAUAUGUGGAGGGGCUGUGGGCUCAUCCUCGUGCAUGGGAGAUUCUGGAGGACCGCUGCAGUGUGCCCACGACGGACAGUACGAGCUCAUCGGUAUCGUGAGCUGGGGCAGCAGUAACUGCCAGCCUAGCGCACCCACGGUCUUUGCCAGAGUUUCUGCCUACAGGGACUGGAUCGCAUCUGUCACUGGAGGAGAAGCGUGACUGCUGCAAGAGUAGCCUGGUGCGAUUGUGUUCAUAAAUGUGGAAGGAAGUCCCUAGCAAUAUACCUGAAAAAUAAGGCUCUUGUCAGUGCCAAAGACUCCGUGUCACUUGGAUUUGGUGUGCACAUACGUCUAGGAUUAAACACUGAACACAGAAAGCUAAUGUUGAUUCAUGCCUCCUGGGAAUGUAUAACCUGAAAUGUCAUUAAAUUUAUAUUUAGUGUACCAUGUAUAUGUAAUUAUUUGAAUACCAUCAUAUACACUGUUACUCUUUUUUCUGGUUUGGUAAACAUUAGAA